CGUAGACGGACGGACGGACGGACGGUCGGUCGGUCGUUCGUUCGUUCGGUCGGUCGGUCGGUCGGUCGGUCGGUCGGUAGGUUGGUUGGUCGAUCGGUCGGUUGGUUGGUUGGUUGGCGGUCGGACCGUGAUUGUGUGGAAAAACGAAGAAAAAAAAAACGAGAAAGUGCAAAAUUUACGGUGCGCUGUGUUGGCUGCGGUAUGAGAAAAGAGUUCGGUUUUUGUGUGAAGAUUUAACUGAUUGGCGAUCUGAAAAGUGAGAUUAUCGUCAUUGCCGUCGUUUCUAAGGGGUCUCGCGCGCGUGCUUCGCGGACUAGUGUAUUGAGGAAUUUUCUAUUUUUUUUUGCUCCGUAUAUAUUUCAUCUCCCUUUACACUUUUCGGCCACAGAAGCUCAUCGCUUAGAAGAAUUAAGAGACAACGUGUGGAAAUCUAACCAAAAGAAGAACGUGUCAUAAGAAGCGUAAUGUCCGACCGGGAGAGCUUGGACGAUCAGCCGCAAAAGUAUGGGAAUCCAGGUGGAUUGGAUGCUGGAGGUGCUGACUUCGAUUCCGGUGAGUAUUCUAUUCUAAUUGGUCCACCAAAUCCGGAAAAUGUGCCAGACGAUGGAAAACUUAAAUCUGAAAUGAUGGUGAAGGAUAAUAGACGAUAUUACUUGGACCUCAAGGAAAAUUCUCGCGGCCGUUUCCUGCGGGUGAGUCACCCUGUGUCACAAACGAUAACACGGGGUGGACCUAGGACUCAGAUUGCAAUACCAGCACAAGGCAUGAUAGAGUUUCGUGAUGCAUUAACGGAUCUUCUUGAGGAAUUUGGGACAGAUGACGGUGGCUUCAAAGGUGACUUACCGGAGGGUCGUUAUAUGCGCGUGGAUAGCAAGAAUUUCUAUUUUGAUAUCGGUCAGAACAAUCGUGGCAUCUAUAUGAGAAUUUCCGAGGUAUAUACGCAUUAUUAGCAAAAGAAUUAAUAC